CCCGUUUCAGGGAAGUGCAGGGAAGGCUGACUGCGGGGUGGGACGCGAGGGCGUGCGGAGCGCCGAGGGGCGAGCCCGGCGGGCCGGUGCUGGCAGCCCACGGUCGUUGCAACCCCUCUUCCGGCGCCUUCCCGGGAAAGUGUUCGGGGAAGGUCAGGUGGUCCGUCACCUGAAUGAUUAAAAGUUGUUACCUUGCGGGAAAAACGGGGGAAAGGAGGACUGGCUCUUGGAGGUGGGCUGGAAACUACAAAACCGAGCUUCUUGGGAACAGUCUUUUAGCCUAACAGGAAGUGGAGCAUCGCCGAAAGGGAGGGGCGGCCGCCCGGGACUGUCCCCUGCUUCGGGCUCUCUCUUUGUGGGCAGCAUUUAAUCCAGGUUAUCAAUCCAGCGAGCGAUGCCAGGUGAACGCACGCGGCUGGGUUUGGAAAAAAACAAAAAAUGAGUGAGUGAGACUCCCAUUCCGUUUUAUCAUCACCAAGCUGCAAACAAAUAAAUCGGCUAGGUCCCACUGCAAUCUUCUGCGCUCGAGUGCCAAGAGAGCCUGUUCCUAUCAAUUACUGAAGCCAUAAGGAAAAUUUUUUUAAAAAUUAAAACUUUACCAUAAUGAGAACAUGCUGCAGAGAAAAUCCAGGAGAGAACAUCCUUGAAAGCUUUCCAAAAAGAUUACUACAAGGGAACAUUGCUUUUCAAAUCUGGACUAUUGAAAAGUGUUGCCACAUCUGCAAACUCCCUGGAAGAGUGAUGGGGAUUCGAGUUCUUCGUUUCUCUUUGGUGGUUGUCCUUGUGUUACUGCUGGUCGCUGGGGCUUUGACCACUUUACUUCCUAAUAUCAAAGAAGACAAGAUGCUCACUUUGCGUAGGGAAAUAAAAUCCCAGGGCAAGACCACCCAGGAUUGCUUUACUCUCAUAAUGCAGACAUAUAACAGAACAGAUCUCUUACUGAGACUUUUAAACCAUUAUCAGGCAGUGCCACACCUGCACAAAGUGAUUGUAGUGUGGAACAAUGUUGGGGAGAAGGGGCCAGAUGAGUUAUGGAACUCCCUGGGGCCUCACCCUGUCCCUGUGAUCUUCAAAGUACAGACAGCAAACAGGAUGAGAAAUCGACUCCAGGUCUUUCCUGAACUGGAAACCAGCGCGGUGUUAAUGGUAGACGAUGACAUGCUAAUUAGCGCCCAAGACCUUGUUUUUGCUUUCUCCAUGUGGCAGCAAUUUCCUGAUCAAAUUGUGGGAUUUGUUCCAAGAAAGCAUGUGUCUACUUCCUCCGGUGUCUACAGUUACGGAGGUUUUGAACUGCAAACACCAGGGUGUGGAAAUGGUGACCAUUACUCUCUGGUGCUAAUUGGAGCCUCAUUCUUCCAUAGCAGAUACCUUGAACUCUUUCAGAGGCAACCUGCAGCUGUCCAUGCUUUGUUAGAUGAAACGCAAAACUGUGAUGAUAUUGCCAUGAAUUUUAUCAUCGCCAAGCACACUGGGAAGACUUCAGGGGUAUUUGUGAAACCUGUAAACAUAGACAAUUUAGAAAAAGAAACCAAUGGUGGCUAUUCUGGAAUGUGGCAUCGAGCUGAGCACUUUCUGCAGAGGUCUUAUUGUAUAAAUAAGCUGGUUGACAUCUAUGACAGCAUGCCCUUAAAAUACUCCAACAUUAUGAUUUCUCAGUUUGGUUUUCCAUAUGCCAACCACAAAAGUAAAAUGUGAAAGUAAAACAAAAACAAACCGCAGAACUGCGUGGUAUUUGAGUAGCUCCUUCAUGCUAUAGUUGGUUUCUUUAUUUUUUUUUUU